CGCCAUUUUGGCUGAGCAACCAUAGUGACAGGAGCCGAAGCAGCCGCUCAGGUUGUCCCGGCUUCCCCUCCCCCUUCCCUCUUCCGGCCGACUUCCCGGGCCCUGCACUGCACAGUCCCGAUCCUGCCAUGUCCCAGAAACAAGAAGAAGAGAACCCUGCGGAGGAGACGGGCGAGGAGAAGCAGGACACACAGGAGAAAGAAGGUAUUCUUCCCGAGAGAGCUGAGGAGGCAAAGCUAAAGGCCAAAUAUCCAAGCCUAGGACAAAAGCCUGGAGGCUCCGACUUCCUCAUGAAGAGACUCCAGAAAGGGCAAAAGUACUUUGACUCAGGAGACUACAACAUGGCCAAAGCCAAGAUGAAGAACAAGCAGCUGCCGAGUGCAGGACCAGACAAGAACCUGGUGACCGGUGACCACAUCCCCACUCCACAGGACCUGCCCCAGAGAAAGUCCUCACUCGUCACCAGCAAGCUUGCGGGUGGCCAAGUUGAAUGAUGCUGCCUGGGGCUCCACCAGAUCGUGAGACGCUCCCCACUUGGGUCCUGUGCUGGCUCCUGCCCCUCCCUGCUUUUGCAGCCAGGGGUCAGGAGGUGGCCCGGUGCAGGCUAGAAAGGCAGAGAUCCCUGCCCACUGGUGGGCGUCCCAGCACACAGAGCCCCUGGGGUUGAGCACCAAGACCUUGAACUUGUUGUUGUUGUUGUUUUGCCUUUUUUUUUUUUUUUUUUUUUUUUUUUUUUUUUAUUUCAAGUAACUGUUGGGAGAAAACUCAUUGAAAUCCCAAGGGUGGGGUUGAGAGGAUGGAGUGAGUGUGGGGAAGUGAGCUAGGGAUUGUAAGUGUUAAAAAGACUUCCUGUCCUUCUCCUUAACCACGGGGUGAUAUGAGGUGGCUGUAAAGUGAAGGGAUUGUCAGUAGACUGAUGGUAGGGCUAGUUCAGCUAUUGUCAGUAGAUUGAUGGUAAGGCUAGUUCAGCUAUUGUCAGUAGACUGAUGGCAGGGCUAGUUCAGCUAUUGUCAGUAGACUGAUGACAGGGCUAGUUCAGCUAUUGUCAGUAGACUGAUGGUAAGGCUAGUUCAGCUAUUGUCAGUAGACUGAUGGUAAGGGCUAGUUCAGCUAUUGUCAGUAGACUGAUGACAGGGCUAGUUCAGCUAUUGUCAGUAGACUGAUGGUAAGGCUAGUUCAGCUAUUGUCAGUAGACUGAUGGUAAGGGCUAGUUCAGCUCCAAAGAGACAUGCAGUAUAUGAAUGUGGCCAGUGACCUGGUGUCAGAAAAGGAAUUUUGCUCGUUACAGCAGUUGUGAUCUUCCUGGUUCUGCAGAGAGAGCUGAGGGUUCAGUGUGAAUUGUUCCUUUAAAAAAAAAAAAAAAUGCUGUCCUUGAAACAGGUUGCUACGGGGAGAAGGGCAAUGAGUGGGGCGCCCCACAGAGCCCUGGGGAAUUUUUUCAGUAUUUGAAAUAAAACAACAACAACAACAAAAAAUACCCAUGGAAAAAAACCAAAACCAGAAAUGCUCUGAAGCAGUUGGUGUGUUUUAUUCGGGUUUGGGAGGGUGAAGAAAAUACUGAAGAUGUGAUUGAGGGGAAAGUUGGUGUGGGCCUGGUUUGUAAGGAACAUGGGUCUUUGAUCUGGCUCAUGGCAUUGGGAGAGAGGACAGGAAUGUAGGCACAUAGAUCACUUAGCCUCUGCCCUUUGUAGCUAAUGUAGAAGAUCAUUCUUAUAAAAUGAGAGCUCCGGGGGACUUGAUUAAAUGCUGUACUGAUGCCCCAAAGCUUAGUCCAGGCUCAACAAAAAGCAGGGCCUCUUUCUUCCAUUUCCCCUUCAGUUUCUAUCCCUAAGUUCCAUGUGUCUGUGGGAGAAGUGGGAGUUCAAUGAGCAAAAGAAGCUGGCCUCUCUGUUCCUGGCCAGCAGCAAGCAGCGUGACCCCCACAUGAGACCCCACCUGCCUUCCUGAAAUCCUACCACUGAAAGCCAUAUAAAGGGAAGUGCAGGAGCGAGAGCUGACCUAAAUCACCAGUGCUCUGGGGCUGGGGAUUGGGGGUUGCUCUCAGUAUCCAUGACAUUGUUUUCUUAGAAGCCUUCCAGGUGAGUUGGUAAAUGCUUGAGAUGUUUCUGCCGUUCUCUCCUCAUUUAGCCAAGGGAGUGUGAUACAUCCCAAAAGUUUGCCCUGCUCAACAGGGAUAAGAGAGCAUUAAAAAGUGUGCUGACCUAGGCACAUGCCUGGAAUCCCAGCCCCUGGGAAGCAAGGUCAUCACCUGCUGCAUAAACAUAGAACCCAGGACUCCAGAAGUAGAUGCAAGGCCAGCCUGUUCCAAUGUAGUAGUUUUAUCUGAAAAUAAAACCAACCAAACAAAAAAUGAUUGCUUAAGGGCCCUUGCCUGUAAAACAAAACAAGAACGGGGUGGGGGGGUAAUACCUGGAACCCACGGCAGUGGGAGAAAACUUACUCUCAGUACCCAGUAGAGGGCACUGUCGUGUGCAGGGUGACAUGUACACCCAACAACACAAACACACCCUAAAUUUUUUUUUUCCUGUGUAGCUGAAAGAGAAAAAUGUGAAAAAGUUGAGCACUUUGACAGGAAAGAUCAAGGCCAUGUGUUCCUGUGGUGUUACUGCAUGGAGUCCUGAGACUUCGCAGGCCUAGGCCUUUCCCAAACACGUGGAUGCAUGUCCUCCAAAGGCAGGUGCUGGGAGUGGGCCGCAGUGUCAGAGCUUCGCUUCUGUACCUGGGGAAGUUGGAGUAUGGAAAACCACAGGCUGUGGGAGCGCUUUCAGAAACAACCCUGGGAUUCCGCUCCUCUGAAGUCCCGGUACCUUAGUUUGAAGCUGAAACCUUAAAAAUCCUUGUUGUUUCUUUGUUGUGUUGCUUUGUUUGUUUAUUUGCUUGUUUUGUUUUUUGCGUAGCUACAUAGGAGUGUUGGGGGCUGGGGAAAUGGCUCAGCAGGCAAUGUGCUUGCUGCCCAGGCCUGAGAACCUUAUCAACCCCAGAACCCAUAUAACGGUGGAAGUGCCGAGCUGACCCCUCAGGGGGGCAGGCACACACAUGUAAUAAAAUUACAUAGGGGUGGAAUGUGGCAUGGUGGCACAGGCCUUUAAUCUCAGCACUUGGAAAGCAGAGGCUGAGUUGGAGUCAGACCAGCCAAGGGCUACAUAGUGAGACCUUAUCUAUAAAUAAACAAGGGCCUAGAACUGGAAGGCAGAGGCAGGUACAUCUCUGGCUUCAAGGUCAACCUGGUUCACAUAGUUGCAGAACAACCAGGGCUACAACGUGAGGCUCUGUCACAAAUAAUUUGACUUGAAACAUUGGAAGACCCAAGCAACCAAGAUAAACACAGUCAAUAACCAACCUUCCCUGCAGAGCUCCUGGACCAUACCCCUAGGGGAUUUGCCAUGGGACUAGCAAAACAGAGCAUCGUCAAACCUGGGAAUCUCAAAUUCUGUAUAAUUUCAUCCUGAGAACAGAAGGUGUGGGAUAAAGCUCUCUCCCUGUUUCUGUGCCUAACGCAGGAGCACAUGACAACCCUCAGGUGGCUCCAGAGUUGGUCACAUGAGCUUGUCACCUGUUAUCUUUCCCCUUCAGAAUAGAGCAUUCCCAGCCUCUGAGGUCCGGCCAGGGAGACACAGUCACCCUCAAAGCCCCUUCCCGCUGCCCAAGGUUUGUAAGACACUGUUUCGCGGGAAAUAAAAUGGUGAGCACCAUCUGCUUC